AGAGAGAUUGAAAAAUCUGAAAAAAAAGAGAGCCCGUCGACGCCGCCGUAGGAAAUAUUGAUACGCAUACACAAACCUGUGUCCUGACUCUCCUUUACCCGCCUCUGAAUCCCUUCAGUCGACUACCAGACGAGCUCUAGUUUCAUUUCUUUGUCGAUCGUCGACAUCGUUUUAUUUGGCUUCGUUCAGAGCCAACAAAAAGUGACACAUUAUCAUCUGCUUCUAGCCUCAUUCAUCCACCCAACGUGAAACAAUGGCUUAUCACGGACCAGCUUACGGACUAAGUCGCGAGUGUCAGAUGAAGAGCCAGGCCAAGUUUAGCUUGGAGCGUGCCCGGGAGGCUCUGGAUUGGGUUGAGGCGGUGCUGGACCGUCAACUGCCAUACCCUCAGCCGGCCGAAGGUCUGCGGGAUCAGCUGGACUUUGCCCACGUCCUGAAAGACGGAAUUACCCUUUGCGAAUUGAUUAACUCAUUGGAACCUGGGGCGGUUAAGAAGAUCAACACGAUGAAAGCACCUUUCAAGCAGAGGGAAAAUGUAGAACUGUUCCUCAAGGGCUGCGAGAAUUACGGGCUCAAGUCGCAGGACCUGUUUCAAGUCAACGAUCUGUACGAGCACAAGAAUCUUUACAUGGUGGUCGAUACCAUCUUUGCCCUUGGUGGAAUGGCACAAAAGAAGAACUGGGAGGGCCCGACGAUCGGCGUCAAGGUGGCGGACGAAAACCGGCGGAUGUUCUCUCCCGAUCAGCUCGCCGAGAGCCACAAGAUCAUCGGCCUGCAAUACGGCAGCAACAAGGGAGCUUCGCAGUCCGGCAUGACACCUUACGGAGCUACACGCCAAAUCCGUCCCGAUGAGUUCGCUCACAAUGGAAUGCACUAAACGGACAAUUUAACGACAUAUAGUGCCCUUCAAUUCACCUGCUGGGGCAAAAUGUCAGCCUGUUGCGCAUUUCUUUUGGCAGAUUACAUCAAGCAAGCAUUUCUUCUGAUUUUCCUUUUUGUUUUGUUCUGCGCGGAUAAUGCCUUUAUAUGUUCAAAGGAAGUCGAUGAUUUGUUUUCUUUCUUUUGUGUUACACAUUCCGAUCAAUUGGCAGAU